AUGCCACCGAAGAAGAACGCAAAACCCGCAAAAGAAGAGGGUGGUGGGAAGAAGGAGGCGAAAGGUGGCACUGCUGUCAAAGUUCGGCAUAUCCUAUGUGAGAAACAGGGAAAAGCUCUCGAGGCUAUUGAGAAGCUCAAAUCGGGUAUGAAGUUCAACGAGGUCGCUGCACAGUACAGUGAAGACAAGGCGAGAAGUGGGGGUGAUCUCGGCUGGAUGACACGUGGCAGCAUGGUGGGCCCAUUUCAAGACGCCGCGUUCGCACUUCAGAACAGCACAUGCGACAAACCGGUGUACACGGAUCCGCCAGUUCGCACCAAAUUCGGCUAUCACGUGAUAAUGGUCGAAGGCAAAAAGUGA